AUGAUGCUUGAUCACUGCAACCACCUGUUUUCUUUCAAUCCAAGUCGCCAAGUAAGCAGAAACUGCGAUAGUAAGGGAGAUGUAGAAUUCAAUUCCUGGGAUGAAAAUAGUGGCGAAACAGAGCUCCAAGAACAUUUUGAUGAAGAAUUUGAUGAUUAUUCAGUGGGGUUGUGGAAAACAAAUACAUCAAGGAAUUUUAAAACUGAGACCGACCAUUUGUUACCCCACAACUAUAGUUACAGUAAUAUAUCCCCAAGAUCACGUUUACAAGCCAUUUCAGAAGCUAGGAAGGAGCUCAUGUACAGGAUUCAUGACAUGCCAGAGUCCAGUUAUGAACUCUCUCUGAAGGAUAUUGUUGAUGAUCAAGUUGCUCCAGAAGAGGUACAUGAAGAGAAUGAAACUGAAAGGACAAGCUUUCAUUUCAACACUACUGGGACUCCAGUCAAGAAACGGAAGACCAGAAUAACAGGGAAAAAUGGCAAGUCGUGUCAGAUUUCAAGAAGUGGAAGUAUGGAAAAAGAAACUUUCAUGAUCAAGCUGUUUGUUCCCAGUUUUCUUAGUUGGAAGACAGAAGUAAAAGGAGGGAAUGGCUCAAAGGCUUCCACAAGGUCACCGUCGCAUGGAUAUGAGAAUCAUGCCGAUAAAGGGUGGGGCAUAAAAGGAUUCCUGGCUGUAGAUGGUAAAAGAAGCAACAGAAGUAAUAGCAGCAGCAGCAGCAGUUCAAGCAGGUAUUUAGUUUCUUCCACGGUUGCUGUUCUAUCUUUCGCAUUAAGAAAAGCAAAAGCAAGAGACAUGGAGGAUGCAUCUUCUAAAUAAUGUUAGGAUUACUUUCUCAACCGCACCACCAGAAGCUUCAUAUAUAGGAAAUGACAGAAGCAAGAUUUCCAUAUAAUAGUUUGGAGUAAAGUUCUAUUUGAUCACUAAUUUCGUUAGACGUGCUCAAUUUAAUAAUUUUUAAAUUUUUUAGACUUUUUAAUCUAAAUCUUUAUAUAUUUGAUUCAAAUUAACUCUAUCAUAUAAAAAAUAAAAACUUAUUUUCUUUUAAAAAUAAAAAAUAAUUAAAUAAAUUUAUAAUAAUAUUUAGAAAUUGUUUUAUAGUUUUAAUAUAAUUAAAUAAUAAGUAGCUGCUAUCACCAUUAUUUUCGCUUAUCCUACCAUCUUUGGUGGUGGCAAAAUCACUCUUAUCUCUACUAUCUUUCGCACCACUACCGUUAUUGUAUCUUUCACUAUUAUUAUUAAAAAAUAAUAAAAAUACUAAAAACUAGUAAUAUUUUUUUUUUAUUUUUUUUAUUUAAAUAUCAAUAUAUAUUUUUAAUUUAAAUAAUUUAAAAAUUAAUUUUUUUUACUGUAUUUAAUUUUUUAAGAGAGCGUAAUUUACAAUUAAAAUGCUCGUAAACUUAAAAAAAAGAGCUAAACCGCAGUGGUGAAAUUGGAAUUUGUUCCUAAUAGUUCCCAUGGAGACGAGACAGAAUUUGACGUCGUCCGCUACCCUGCCUAGCAUUCAUAGAAAUGCUAGCAGACAGCAGCCACAAACUUAUGCACAGACAAAAUCUGUAUUUUAUGACACCGAUUUUCCUGUAAUUUCUCCCUGAUCAGGAGGAUCAGGGCAUUGAUGGCAAUUGCACAACUUUUAAUCACAAAAUAUGUUUGCCA